GGUGGGAAGUUUCUCAACAGCCAGCGAGUAGCAGUUCUGAGGCCAGACUGCCUUGCUUUCCGACGCGAGCCCCGGGACAACCGGCUGCCUCUGAGGAACCAGCCUUACAGAUUAAGGCUUCCCGCGUUCUCAAAUUCACACGCAUGUGCCCCCCCCCCCAACUCGUGUGAAUCUUUACGGAUAGCGGCGGCAGCUGCAAUUGCUCCACGCUUCUUGCUCGACGUGUCUCCGCAAGCCCAGAGCAGCCUCUUUCUCUCUCCGGUUUCUGAUUCUCCCGCAACUUUGCGCGUCAGCUUGGCCUGGGAAAAAACGGCAAGGAAAAGGAGGCGGAGAAAAAUAAUAGUACUUUUUUUAAAAAAAAGUUAAAGCACGUUUUGCAAAGCAGUGAAAAGUAGAUUCAGCUAGGAGGAGGAGGAAGGGUGUACAGCUGUCUGUGUUGGUUUUCGGGUUGCGGAAACUGCCCUUGGUAUUCGGAUUCCUUUUUGCAGCGGCGGGGAGAGAACGGCCGCGCUUUGGGAACGGAGGAAAUUCCCUCCGCUACGAGGCGGCGGCGGCGAAACCAGACGGCAGCUGCGGGGAAGCCGCUAGAGCCUGCUCCUCUGGAAUGAGGAACCAGCUGGCGCCUUUCUUUGACACCAGCCUCGGCAGGCCGCGCCAGGACCGCGUGCGGAGGAGCCGCGCAAAACUUGACAAGCUCUGCAGAACGUAAGCAUCUGGUGGUGAUGGAGCUGUGACAUUUGGACGUUGGAUUUGUUACCUGGAAGUAUGGAAUUCGGUGACAGCUGCCAACAUGGUUGCUCUAGGCCAGUUCCAAAUGGAUAUGGAAACAAGAUUUUUCAAACUAAUCAAAAGGAAAGAUCCAGUGAUUUUAAGCGUUCUAAUUCUUGUGAUUUCAAUGAUGAUGAAAAGGAGGAUGGAGCCAAGCAUAAGAAGAAGACCAAGGGCAGUCGGAUUUGGAAUUUUGUCAACCUCAAGAAAGCAUCCUCCAUGAAUUCCAGGAGACCCCAGUCCAUGAUCCUCUUUGGAGAUAAUACCGAGAUCUUGGAGCAAAAUCGUAAGAUGUCCUUAAUGGAAAGGGUGAGGUCUUUCAAGAAGCUAAGAUCAUCUGGUAUGGCCAAGAGUAUGUCCAAAACCAAGGCUGUUAUUAUCUCUGUGGAAGCUCAGGAAGAUCUUGAGCAAAAAGCACUUCACCGAAUUAAGAAGCUAAGUAACAAUCAGCGUCCAUACCGCCAUUCCUAUGCAGGCCAUAUUGAGGAUUUGGAUUCUUCUUUUGAAGAUGUCGAGGUGAAUAGUUGCGUGCUAGAUAUCGCUGCCAGUGAAAUUAAAUGGCACAAGAAUUUUGGCACUGAAAUAAACAGCGACAGUACUGAUAAUGACUGUCACAACAUGCCAUUGGCUCAGAGGUGCAUGGCUCCAGAAUGUGAGAAUUCUCAGGAAUCUGGUGUUGCACAAGGGGGCCCUCAAAGGAGAUGUUCUGUGGCUGCUUCUGAGACUAAAAAAGGAAGAAGUUCUGGGGUCUGGAGUUACAUCAAAGGGAUUUCAUUGACCAGCAAGGAUAGUGAAAAGCUGCCCAACAUAAGCAGGGAACCCAAUUUUCAGGACAUGGGAAAUGCAACAGAUGAUCCCACUUCUUAUUUUGACUUUGAUGUGGGAUGUGAGGAGAGUGUUGGCCAGUCUCAAAGGGUUAAGGGGGGCCACUUUGGUGGGGUUUUUCGAUUCUUCAACAGCUUUGCUAGGAAAUGGCGGGGCUCUUCGAAAGAACAAAGGCCAAACUCCAGUUCCAGACGCCGAAGGCAGGAAUCAACUCCUCACCGGCAGCCUCUGGUCAUCAUAAAUGAUAAAGCCAGCAGUUUCUCUUCCCCAGGAUUGUCUCUGGAUUCCGGAAUCUGGGAUAACCGUAGUUCAAAAAGUUCCGCUGGUAAAGGGCCACCCCAGGAAAGCACAGAUGCCGAUAAUUCCCAUGAAGUCUUCAGUGAGAAUAGCAGUUUCAAUGAAGUUUCACCCCCUGCCAUAAGUUUGACAGCUUUUUGUCAAACAGGCUUUCUCAGUGACUGUUCAUUUCUUGAUGUGCCCCAGGUCCAAGAGCCACUUCUUGAAAAAGUAGACAACUGGGGCUUAAGUGCUGCUCCAGUAGGCACCUGGGUAUUAGAGUCUUGGGUAGAAGGCAAUACUGAACACUCUGCUGAUACCCCAGUGGACCCCAAUAGCUUCGAUAUUAGUGAUUUAAAGACUCAGGAUUUGACUAAGAUGGAUGUUAGGGAUAUCAAAAAUGCUUCUCUAAAUUAUGAAGGGUUUUGCAACACUGAGCUGGAUUUGGAGGUUUUUUGUAAAACUGAUGAGGGUACACCAGGCCUAAGCAUUGUAUCAGAGGAUGUUAAUGUUGUACCAUGUAGUGUUGUUGAUGCUCCAGAUGAUGGUCUGGCUUGUCCUGUAGUAGAUGCUAGAGCUCUCCAUAGGGCUGCAGCAGAUGCAGAGCACCUGGUGAGAAUUUCACGAAUUAGCGCAGACCUGGAGCUGAUGACACCAGCAGAUAUCACAGAUGCUGGGACUAUAUUAGCACAUAGCCAGAUCCUGGAGAGUUUUCCAAAGGAUGGACAGCCCUUGGCUACUGUACAAGCAGACAGCCAAGAUUUAGCAAGGACUCGAGUAGAUGCCCAUAAUUCAGAAAUUUAUCCUGUGGAUACUGAGAACAUUAGUACUACUCUGUCUGCUUCUCAAGGUUUGUGCAGCAUCUUGGAGGAUGUUCACAACCCUUGUGCAUCUGCUUCUUUAUGCUGCCAAAGCUACAGCCAGCAAGUGCCAGAUCGGGAGAAUUUUCCCAUCAAAAUGAACGGAGACACCUUCCAAUUACAUCCAGAUCCGGUGUGGAAAGCUCGCAAAGCGCAACGCCCCAAAUGCAGGGGAGUUCAUCAUCCAGUUCAGAUGAGUGUGUGUACAAUUGUCCCCUUCGCUGAAUUCAACAGUGCAAAGCCGCUGUCCCACCCAACUCAUCCAUCACCAGAAUCUCCACCUUUCAAACUCCUCUUGGACAGAUGCCAGUCUGUGCCACUCUCCCAAAGUACCCCAAUGGGGCUGGAUCAGCUUGGCCGGCAGCGGAAGUUGCUGUUGAGUGCUGGUGCUGAGAGUGAUCUGGGGUCAAAAACCUUGGAGGUACAUCGUGCUGGGAAGAAUGGCAGGCGUAGAUGGAGACCUCUCAAGCCUGGAGGGGAGCAGUUGCUACUCAAUAAACUGAUCAGUGGCGGUUCUAUUGUAAGCGCUGAGGCAGUAUGGGAUCACGUCACCAUGGCCAACCGGGAGUUGGCGUUUAAAGCAGGAGACGUUAUCAAGGUCCUGGAUGCCUCCAACAAGGACUGGUGGUGGGGACAGAUCGAUGAUGAAGAAGGAUGGUUUCCUGCCAGCUUUGUAAGGCUAUGGGUCAACCAGGAAGAUGGUGUUGAGGAAGGGACGAGUGAAGUACAGAAUGGGCACCUGGACCCAAAUGCUGCUGACUGCCUUUGUCUCGGGAGGACCCUCCAGAACCGAGACCAGAUGAGAGCCAAUGUCAUUAAUGAAAUCAUGAGCACGGAGCGCCACUAUAUCAAACACCUGAAGGACAUUUGUGAGGGUUACCUGAAGCAAUGUCGGAAGAGAAGAGACAUGUUCAGUGAUGAACAGUUGAAGAUAAUAUUUGGCAACAUCGAAGACAUCUACCGGUUUCAGAUGGGCUUUGUCAGGGACUUGGAGAAGCAGUACAACAAUGAGGACCCCCAUCUCAGUGAAAUUGGGCCAUGUUUUCUGGAGCAUCAAGAUGGCUUCUGGAUCUACUCAGAGUACUGCAACAAUCACUUGGAUGCGUGCAUGGAGCUAUCCAAACUAAUGAAAGAUGGCAGAUACCAGCACUUCUUUGAAGCAUGCCGCCUCUUGCAGCAGAUGAUAGACAUUGCCAUUGAUGGUUUCCUUCUGACACCUGUGCAGAAGAUCUGCAAAUACCCACUGCAGCUGGCAGAGCUGUUGAAGUACACUGCACAGGACCACAGUGAUUACAGGUAUGUAGCUGCAGCUCUUGCCGUUAUGCGGAAUGUGACUCAGCAGAUAAACGAGAGGAAAAGGAGACUGGAAAACAUUGACAAGAUUGCUCAGUGGCAGGCCUCUGUUCUGGACUGGGAGGGGGAGGACAUCUUGGAUCGCAGCUCUGAGCUGAUCUAUACAGGAGAGAUGUCCUGGAUUUAUCAGCCGUAUGGACGAAGCCAGCAGCGUGUCUUCUUCCUCUUCGAUCAUCAGAUGGUUCUCUGCAAAAAGGACCUGAUAAGGAGAGACAUCCUGUACUACAAAGGACGCAUUGACAUGGAUCGGUAUGAGUUUUUGAAUAUCGAAGAUGGAAGGGAUGACGACUUUAAUGUCAGCAUGAAGAAUGCCUUCAAGCUUCGCAACAAGGAGACGGAUGAAAUGCACUUAUUUUUUGCCAAGAAGCUGGAGGAAAAACUGCGGUGGUUGAGAGCUUUCCGGGAGGAGAGAAAGAUGGUGCAAGAAGAUGAAAAGAUAGGUUUUGAAAUUUCUGAAAAUCAGAAACGGCAGGCAGCAAUGACAGUAAGGAAAGUCAGUAAACAGAAAGGUGUUGGCUACUCUCGAUCAGUUCCUCCAGCCUACCCACCACCCCAGGAUCCACUAAAUCAGGGACAAUACAUGGUGACCGAUGGCAUAGCCCAACCCCAGGUCUACGAAUUCAACGAACCCAAACGCAGCCAGUCACCAUUCUGGCAAAACUUCAGCAGGUUAACGCCAUUCAAAAAAUAAUAUAUAGAGUGAGAUGGAGAAUUUUAAAAUAAAUUUUAAAAAAUGCUUAAAAAUAUUUAAAAAAUAUAUAUUUAUAGAUGGACCUUUUUUUGGAGAAGCACUGUUGCAACUUAAAAAUACCAUAUAGAUAUAUAUAGAUAUAGAUAUAUAUAUAUAGAUAUAUGUAUAUAUACAGACAUGCAUAUAUACAUAUACAUACAUAUAUAUGUAUAUAUAUUUGAAGGACCAAAAACCUUUUUGUUGUUGUUGUUUUGGGGAGGCAGUCUCUGCUACUAUAUUCUAAGUAGCACCAAGUACUUCUGAUCAUGUAACCUGCUUUAUUUUGGCACCAUUGGAACCAUUGUUGUUACUGUUGUUCUUUUCUUAUAUAUAUAAUUUGUUUUGUUGUCUCAGAAUCGUCUCCCGGGAUGAUUUCUUGUUCAUUGUGCAUUCCCUCCAUUGACAUGUUCCAUCCAGCGCCACACUGGUGUAUAUUUCCUUUGGGGUUUUAUUUAUAGAUAACCUUCUCUUAGAAGGGGGUUGGGCGCAUGGUGAGAAAAGAAAAGAAAAGAAGUGUCUGUUCCUACAUCUCAUUCCCACAGCCCACCAUGGAUGCAACCUGUUCCUGUCUGAGCACCAUUGAGAAAGGAAUGAGAGGCCUCAUUUGCUUCAAUGGGAUGUGCUCAGAUUGUGUGCCGGGGCGAUUGUACCACACACAUUGAAUGCUGACUUAAAACAAGACAACAACUGCAUUUUAUCUCCCCACAUUCUUCUGUUCUGAGUCCAUGCUCCAUUGUGCACUGUAUAAUAUGCUGCUCAGUACUUCUGUUGCUUUUUAAUGUUGGGUAGAGGGAUUCUGGACAUGAGACCCUUCUGCUCCGCAAACUCCACUAGUUUCCCAGGUAAAUGGAGGUUGGAAAGCAGAAGCACCUGUUGGACUGUGUCCCAGGUGUGCAGGAUGGUAAGAGGGCAUCCAACUCUUUAUUAUGCAAAUAAUUAUGUCAGUUUAGCUGAUGUUGUUGCAUUUUUUAAAUUGCACUCCCCCCUCCCCUUCUUCUUACUCUGUGGUUAGAGCAUAGCUUCAUCUUUUUUUAACUCCCCUAGUAAUAUCCUUAGGGUUGUUCCCAUUUUGUUUAUAUAUUUUAUUGCAAACAAGUUUUCCCUUUGAUUCUACCAUUUUCUGUUUUAUUUUUUUUAUCUGAAAGAUUUGCCAGUUACAGUGCCCCAUGCUCUAUUUAUACAACCUACAGACUCAAACCAAUGUGCAGAAAAGAGUUUGUGGGUCCAUAUCCCAUAUCCAAGAUUAGAACCAAAUGGCUCUUAGGACCUCCCCACCCUCCCACUCCCAGAACUGGCCACUUUCCCCAUCAAGGAGACCUACUGAUUCUGCCAUAUGUAGUGUGGCUUUUAUGCACCAUUGGUUACUGUUUAGAGAUGCAUUUUCCCCAGUGAAGACAAACUAUUAUAUGGACCUUUGUGUCUGACCUGUUUCAUUUGUCCCUAGUUAUAGCCUUAGGUCUCUAACUACCAUGCACAGCAUUAGCCAGUAAUAAUGAGCUAUUAGCUGUAGGAUCAUUGCCUUAGUAAUCAGAAGCAUUUCCCCCAUUGUUAAGGUAUCAAAUCCAUGGAAGGAGCUUAGUGCUGCAUAUAUGAACAGACCUGCAAUGCUUAUUUGAACCGAGGAAUGUGCUGAGCCUGACAAAGCUAAUAGCUUGGUGAUGAUUCUCAUACAGGUUAUAGCAGUUGUUCAGCAAACAGGCAUCACUGUCAGUAUCCAACCUCUCUCUGCCUUUCUGUCUUCCCACUCUUUUUCCCCUCUCUCUCUCUCUCUCUCUCUCUUCUCCCCUUUCUCUAUUAAAAAAUGCAUUUUUUCAAAGCCAUCUUGUAAAUUUCACUUUGGAGUUCCUAGAUAGGUGCUGGUCUCAUCUCACUAGAAGAACAACCUUCAGUGGCGACCAGAGCUAUAUGACAGAGGUACCACCACAUCCAAACCCUGGGUGAUUCAUGUCAACCAGGGUGCAAAAGGGUUUGGGUCUGUGGUGGGGGGCAGUGGUUUUGCCAAGCUUUUCAGCCUGGCAGAUCUCAGCAUUUUAACUUCCCCACCCCCACUGAAAGCAGUUAGUCACACCAACUCCAGGCUGUUGUAGCUGAGGGCUCCCAAUAAGAGAAGCUUUGGAUCCAGCUGAUCCACAGCCUGCUCUGCCCCACCCCAGUUUCAGGGCCCUAUGCUUGCUACCAGCAGGAGGAACACUGCUUGUUUUAGGUUCCCACCCACUGAGCAGGUGCAGUGGAUGCCUCCACCAUGGUAGGGCCACCUGCCUCCCUAGUGAAGUUGGUAGGGAGGCAACUCCAUAAUGUGAUUGUUCUCAAAGACUUCAGGCCUAAACACACUUACUAAGGAAUAAGCCCCAGUGAAGUGGAACAAAGCUGAAAUUUGUCAGCAGGCAUUCCCCUCCCCCCAGGGGGGGCGGGGAAUGCCUGAGAUUCCUCUUGUUUUCCUCAGUGCUUCAUGAAAGAAAGAAAAAGGAUGCUACUUUGUGAAAUUUCCUCCAGAUGUUCUCCAUUUUAUUCUUUUAUUUAGCUACUUAUUUUGUGUUGCAGUAGCCAAUUUGUACUUACAGUGCCCCAAAUAACAUGAGGCCUGGGACAUUGUGGAGGAUACAGGAUGGAGGCUGAGCUGCCGACACAGUUGGUUCUUGCUGCCAUUUGCAACAAAAGAAACCCCUUAGGGGGAAAAUAGAAAGAAGCUGAGCUGCCGCCACCACUGAUAAUGAUGAAAUUGUCUCUCGCAAAUAGGGUCGAGAUUUCAGUGGACAGCUCUGCAUUGAACAAACAUAUAUAGGAUUGAAGUGUGCACCCCAAAUUUAGUUGCAAAGACAUGGAAGUAGCUCACUUAAGAUACUGAGGCUAAACAAUAACAGAGUGUUGCAUUAUCUAAAGCAGCCUUCCUCCAUCACCUGGUCCUGCCAGGUGUUUUGAACUACCCAUCACCCCUGACCAUUGGCUGUGCAAGCUGAAGCUGAUGGGAAUUGGGAGUCCAGCAACAUCUGGAAGGCACCAGGUUGUGGAAGGCUGCACUGAAAGAAGCAUUCCUGUGCCUAGGAAUAACCAGCAAGCUAAAAUGCUUGGCCUGACAUCUUCCACUGUGUUGUGAGUUUCUCCCCUUCGCUGAUUGCCAUUUGCAUGGGAAUGGAAGCCCACAUAGUGGUGACACCACUAGCUGUCACCAGGGCAGGUGGGAGGAAGAAAAGGAGAAGCUAGGUGGUAGGUGCUCUGGAUGCCAAGCCUAUUACCUUCAUAAUGCUUAGCUUGCAAAUAAAGGAUGAGCUUGGCUAAAAAGGCUGAAUUUGGAGUAGGUGUACUUUUUUUUCCUUUUUUCUUUUAAAGACUCCUUUGAAAACAGAGAGUAAAAUGGCCCAACCUCCUUUGCUUUCUUGCCUGUUCGCUGUUGGGGUUUUUUGGUCACAGUUUUCUCUUUCUUUCCUAGGCAAAUCUGGCCAGCCUUUAAAUAGAGAAGAUUCAUUAGCUUUGCUAAUAAAGCUGGUGCUAGUGGGAGUUGUAGCUCAAAACAUCUGGAGUUUCAUAUUUCACCCAGUGAACAAACAAACAGAUAACAAUUUUUUUAGAAUAACAGCCCUUGAGUGCAUAAUUAGGUUGAAAGAAGCCUCUUUCGGGUGUAUCCAUAGGAUGUUUUGUUAACACUAACAUAUGUCACUGUAUCCUGAUCUCAACUCUUGCUGGUCCACGUCCCACAAACCCACAACAGACGACAACAUCCAGUUCAAUGUGCACAACACUGUUUGUGCCAUGAUGUUUGAUAUGGGCUUCUUCAGCUGCACCCCAUAGUUUUUAAUUUUCUCUUGGGCUGCUAAACCAGGAGUAGAGGAUGCUCCUGGUCUCAGUAGUGAUCCUGGUCUGAAGGGCUACAGCAAGCACCAAGAAAAGAAAUGAACUGGCAAGAUAAGUGGUUGAACUUAUCUCAUGCCUUAAACACAAAGGCAGCCUAUGCAUUUUCUUCCAACUUCAUCCUAUCCAGUUAAAUUUAACCAUCUAAUUGCAGGCAAACUGUUGCAGAGCAGCAGUGCAGUGUAUGUGCGAAACAGUCCCAUCUGCAUUCAUUUCCAGGGAGAGGCGGCUCUUCAUGCACGGAACUGCUUAUGCAGCAACUCCUUGGGUGCUGACUUUGGAUCAGUCUUCCCAACUGACCUUAGUGUGUCCAGGUUUUCAGUGCAGAGUGACCAAUAAAGGGAUGAGUCAGUGACAACAUUUUGUAUCAACAAAG